UCGUCUGGAUAGGACGAAGAAUCAUUCCCUUUUUCCCAUCAAAGACUUCUUCAAAUUAUAGAUCUAAUUUCAAGUGGUCAUCCAUAUGCUCAGAGGAGUCGAGCAACCUAUGAACAUGAUGAACAUGAUGAAGACAAAAUUAUUGAUUAGAAUCCAUCAUGAUUGACCUCCUUGGAGCUGGAGAGUCUGGCUUUGGUCAGUUUAACGCCCUGACCAUCACAGCAACCCUUGGCGUGGUCACUGCUACGCUGGCCCUCUGGACCAUCGUGAGGCCAAAGCGAUUUCCUCCUGGUCCAAGAGGCCUGCCUAUCGUUGGCAGCAUCUUCAGUAUGAAUGAUUCUCCUGAGAUUGUCUUUGGGGAAUGGGCCAAGAGGUACGGUGAUAUCUUUGGCUUCAAGGCGGGAGAGAGAUGGAUGGUAGUCCUCAACCGUCAAGCAUUGAUCAAGGAAGCCGUCCUCAAACAGGGCGUGGACUUUGCUGGUCGUCCAGAUUUCUACUCUUUGGAAAUUUUCACGGAUGGGUUCAAGGACAUUGCUUUCAGCCCAUACAGUGAGACCUGGAAACUUCAUCGCAAAUUGGCUCACACAGCUCUUAGGCAUUUUGCAACAGGCAAGCCUCUUCAGGAUCUCAUCUCCAGCGUCUACCCCAAGGUUGAUAAGAAGUUGGCCAUGACAGAGGGACAACCAAUAGACCCUAAGGUCCUCAUCAAUCUAAUCAUGUACAACGUACUCGCACAGAUGUGCUUUGGACGAAGUUAUGAGUUGGAAGACCCUACUGUUGCGCAGUGGAUGGACACAAACGACGACCUCAAUGAAAAAUUUGGAUUAGGUCUAGCAGCAGACAUGUUCUCUUGGGCCAGGUAUAUUCCCACCAGCGGUCCAAGGAUGAUAAAGGAACUCACAGAAAAGCUUUGGGGCUUCUUGCGUUUGCAGGUGGAUGAAACGAGAGAAAAUUAUGAUCCGGAGAACAUCAAUAAUUUCUACAGUCUACUUCUCAAAGCUCAAGAAGACGCAAGGAAAGAAGGAGAGAAUGUGGACAAACUUACCGAUACUCACGUCUUCCAGACGAUUUCUGAUAUCUUUGGAGCUGGUACUCAGACAACCGUUGAGACCCUGUACUGGGCCAUGGCUCUCCUAGUGACCUACCCAGAAAUCCAGGCAAAAAUCCGCGCCGAGAUCGAUGAUGUCAUCGGCCGUGAUCGUCUUCCUGCCAUCAACGACCGCGGGAAGCUUCCCUACACGGAGGCAACCCUCUAUGAAGUGUUGCGGUACAGCAGUAUACUUCCCAUCGCUCUUCCACAUAAUACUACCAGGGAUACAGAGUUUGGUGGCUAUCAUAUCCCCAAAGGGACAGUGGUGAUGAUCAACACACACUCCAUGCACUAUGACCCUCAAGAAUGGGACCAACCGGACAAGUUCCUUCCAGAGCACUUCAUGGAUGGUAGUGGCACUGUCCGUGAUCAUCCUCCAAGCUUCCUGCCCUUCGGAGCGGGUCGUCGUGGCUGUCUAGGUGAAGCAGUGGCCAAGGCUGAUCUCUUCCUUAUCUUUACCUGGUUCAUGCAGAACUACACCUUUAGCAGGGCCCCAGGAAAGGAGUCUGAAGACAUCUUGAAGAUGAUUCCUCAAACAGCAUCUGGUAGAAUCCUUCUCUCCUAUGAGAUCAUGAUCAAUAAACGAGACUAGUAGGGUCUUGCAUGGGCCAGUGUUUAAUUCAAUACUAUAUCAGAAAGAUAAUGCUACACAAGUGAAUUCUAGAAGCAUAGGAAAGUCCAGUGUAACAGGGCUGUGUCCAUUCCUCCUAUUUGUGUUUAAAGUGUUUUACUCCUUGACUUUUCUGAAUCACCUGUGAAUCUAAAUAUUUAGUGUUCUUACACGAAUAUAAGUGAAGGUUUUCUAUGCAAGUGUAGUCUUAUCAGAUGAGGUAGGAAAGCGACGGUUUUCUGUUUUUCAUUUAAAGUGGAACCAUACACAUAAAUGGGCAAUGCAAAUGUAUUUUGUCAUUUUUUUUUUUUACCAACGACAGAAUAAUAAUGAUGACAAUAAUACAUGUAUUAUUUGUACUAUAUCUGAUGGCGGUAGGCCCUACUAAUUUUCAAUAUUGACUUGAUAUGCAUUUUAUGAAUCUGCAAAUUGUGAAUGUUAUUAGAAUUGUGACCUGAAUUGUGUGACGUUGCUAUUAUUUUCCCUUUUUAAAGUGAUUUGUAUCUAGUGCUAUAGAAAGAUCAUGUUACAAAAUUCAAAGAUGUUCACCUUUCCAAUCGAAAAAACAGCAACUGUGGAAUAAAGUUGUGUGGGUUAUUUGUAUGUAUAUUAAUAUAAACUUAUCAGUAAUAAUUCUUCUCCGUGUUCAUUGUCUGCCAGCAUUCACUGAUUUUCUGCUUGAAUUCAUUGAUUGUCUGCUAGCAUCCGUUGAUUGUCUGCUAGCAUCCAUUGAAUGCCUUCUAUAAUUCAUUGAAUGCCUUCUAUAAGUCAUUGAAUGCCUUCCAGAAUUCAUUGAAUGCCUUCUAGAAUUCAUUGAUUGCCUUUUAGAAUUCAUUGAAUGCCUUCUAUAAUUCAUUGAAUACCUUCUAGAAUUCAUUGAUUGCCUUUUAGAAUUCAAUGAUUGCCUUCUAGAAUUUAUUGAUUGUCUGCUAGAAUGAACAAUAAUAAUAAUAAUAAUAGUGGGUUCUUGUAAAGCACUCAUGUCUGUCAAACUUCACACUCCUGGCGCUCCAUGAUAAAUCAGCAUUAUUACCUCAGCUUUAGAAUGGCUGCCACUAUGGCACUCCACCAGCAUUUCAAAGAAAUAAUUCCUACCAGGUACCCAUUUAUCUCACCUGGGUAAAGUGUGGCAAAUGUACUAUAUAGACAAAAUAAUGUCUUACCAAAGGACAUUAGUGCCGCAGCAGGACUCGAACCGCGAACGAUGUGAUCUCAGUCCUGUGAAUUAUCUACUAGGCCGUGACGCUUUUACCUCAAUCAAAUCAUUUAUUGUCUACUCGAAUUCAUUGAAUUUCUGCUGGAAUUCAUUGAAUGUCUGUUGGAGUUUAUUAAAUGUCUGCUGGAAUUCAUUGAUUGCCUUCUAGAAUUCAUCGUCUGCGAGAAGUCAUGGAUUGUCUCUAGCUCGAUCCAGACUUCAUCGAUCGUCAAAAUAUCUUUCAAUUUUUACUUAAUUCAGGAUGAUGUAUAUGUAUUGAAUUGAAUAAUUCUUUUAAAUUUCUGCAUUGCACAAUUAAUAUUUGAUCAUGUUUUAUAUUCUGUAUAUAGAGACCAAAAUGUUUUACAGUAAUUAAUAAUGAUGUAAUUUAUAACAACAAAUUCUUUAUAAAUAAUAAGAUGGUGUUAAUGGAAUUUCGUAGUAAAAAAUAAAACAUAACAAUUGAUUGAAA